UGAGCAGGGGAGGGGUUUUUUGGGGAGGCAGGAAACCACAGAAGCAGGGAGAAAAGAGGGAAGGAGAGUCAAAGGCUCAGUUCCUGAGCUCUCAGGCCCACUUGAUCCUGGAAAAGGGAAGAGCUUCAGUCUGAAGAGAGAAGACAAGGGGAAGCUCUCUAUUCAUGAGAGGGCCAGAAGUGGUGACAUCUAGUAGGAGGCACAGACCGAUGGAGAGAUGUCCAGAAUUCCUCACAGUGCUGGAAGCCUCUGGAAGGGGCUCCUGAUCACAGCUGCUCUCCUCAGCACCCGGAUCCAGUCGGAGUCUACUGAACCUCCUACAAUGGAACUGAAGUCCAGCCUACCUUACGGGACGGUGGGGGGCAACAUCACCUUGUCCAUCCUGGGGCUUUCACAGCAACCUGGAAGAUACACUUGGUUCAGAAAGACCACAAAGGAGUCUAACAGAAUUGUGACCUACAUUGUUCGGACAGGACAGCGGAUACCAGCCAGUGGUCGAGAGACUGUGUUCCCCAAUGGCUCUCUGCUCAUCACUAACCUCACUCUUGAUGACAGCGAUGAAUACAUAGUAGAGCUUUUUUCUACAAUUGAUGGUGGGAAAAACUUUCAGCUAGCCUUUCUCAGGAUACAUUUGCAAGUAUAUGCAAAUUUGAAUUUCAGAGGAAGGGUCAUUGCUGGCAUUGUGAUUGGCGUCCUGGCUGGGCUGGCCCUAAUUGGGGUCCUCAUCUAUUUUCUGUUCAUCAGAAAGACUGGAGGAGCCUCACAAGGAAUGCUGGGAGACCCAGGCCCAGGAGGGAGAACUCAGAAACAUAGACAGAUUCUGAAAAAUAAUAUUUACUGGCAACAAGACUCAACUCCUUCUGCACAGGACCUGAACUCCACACCCACCAUUUCUGCAGCAGCCUCUGAAAAUCUUUACCAGGCACUGGAUGUUACCAAAGUGGAUAUUUAUGACAGUUUUGAUGUCAUGAAGAAGCCUGAAACUAAGGAAAGUGGGAAAAUUUCCUAGAGAUGAUGUUAUAACUUGAUUGCUUCCAUUUUUUAAGUUUCUAAGAAAAAGUUUAGUCAUAACAGUUCCAUCCUUGGUCUUGCUGAGCUAAAAGGGAAACAACCAUCAGUCCCUUCCAGCUGGACAAUUCUAUGGUCCUAAAAGACUACGUGUAACUGUGAGGAAACACUGCUGGAUUCAGGAGGCUGUAAUAUUGGACCACACCUUCCACCAAGGGCUCCUCUACUUUGGAUCCAGAUGGUUUGGACUAGGUUCAUCUCUGAAGGAGCUUGGGCUGUAAUGAGAGGGGAGAGGUAGAGUACUUUCUCUCUUUGGUUUAUAUAGUCCCAGCUCUCAAGAAACAAAUUUAUUCAUAACUUGUUAUGGCUUAUGUACAGGUUAUCUCCCAAAGGGUUAAGGAGUAAAAAAUGUACUUAAUUUACAAAAUGACUCAGGUAUGAGAUAAGUACUUACUUUUCUGUAUAUAAAAAAUGCUAAGUACAAAAAACUGAUAGAGCACUUUAAUAGAACAUCUUAAAACAAAAGUCAUCAAUUUCACAUAUAACUACAAUUACAACCUGCUGUGGGGGGAUGCUAAUUAAAUCUCAUCAUAACAUAAAGAAGUCUGCUGGGUUGGUGAUCAGACAUUUUAAAUUUUAAUUAGAUUUUGCAUUUUCCAAACAACUUGAUAUAUGCUGGUAAAACAAUUUUAGACCAAUACUAUUGUCUUAUACAUAUGGAGACUCCAGUCAAGCUUCCCAGGACUCAGGAUGAGAAGACCAAUGAUCUUUUAAAUACAAAUUAUUUUGAAAGGAAUUCUCUAUUUUGUUUUUUUUCAAUUAUAUGUAAAGGCAAUUUUCAA